AUGUCUGUGGUGCAGACCACCCAUCAUCUCUCGUCUGUGUCGCUUCCUGUGCAGACAGCAGCUCAAGUCAUCGCCAAGAAGCCCCGAGCCAUCCGCAAGAACUGCAUCAGAAUCGACCCUGCCCGCCUCCAAGCCCUCUUCUGCUACAAGGAAAGCGAGGCCGCCAAGAUCCUCGGCAUCUCUCUCACCGCCAUGAAGAGCGUCUGCAGACGGGCGGGGAUCACCAGGUGGCCGUACUCGAGGACUCGCACGUCGCCGUCGCCGUCGCCGUCAUCGGCUGGGAUGUCGAUGGGGUCGGAGGAAGGGUCAAGGCAGAGUCCCAGCAGGAGAGAAGGGGAGGGCUGGGGGUGGGAGGAGGACGAGAGUCCGCUGGAGGCGGGAUGGAUCGAGUGGUUCUUGAUGCAGGAGGAGGGGCCUAUUGAAGUAGGAGUUCCGUAG